AUGUGGCGACGUUGCGGCUUUCUCUUGGGGCGGAGCCUCGACGACACAAACGCCGGAUACGCCUUGCGAGCGGUGAGGCGCGUGGAGCGCAGGCGUGUUGCGAAGGCGCAGGCCCGGCGGGCCACCGAGGGCACCAACCCGUACAACAAGGCCCAGUACAUCAAUGCCUUUGUCGAGGCAGAGAGCGCCAGAAUGACACACGAGCGGCUUAUGCACGAAGGCGCCGCCGAAGAGCAGUCGCUGCUGGCCGUCGUGAAUGCCGCCCGUCCAGCAGUCGCCAUGGCGCCGGAUAAACAUGUGCUGCCGGGCACGACAGGGCCUGGCGCGGUGGCAUUUGGCGCGUGGCGCGAGGCAGACCCCGCGCUGGAGCGGGCCUGUCUGUCGGCGGACCGCAAUCUUCACUGCAUCGUGCGAGGGGCGACAACGCCGCCGGCCUUUUCGCCCGAGGCCCUCCAACGCGGCAUGCCCGCUCGUUUGGAGAGUGUGCAGCGGCUACUGCGGCUGCUCCACGCAAGUGGGCGUAGGCGCUGGCCGAGGGCGCGACUAAGCGCCUUUGCUGCUUGCAUGGAGUCCAGCUUAGACGCGGCCUGCGGGGAGGAUUUUAGCACCAGGCAGCGAGUGAUGGCGGUGCUGCUUCAUUCCGCUGCCGCGCGGAAUUGGGAACUGGCGCUUCAGCUGUACCAGAGCCUGCUCUUGCCGUGCCUGCAGCAGCAACGACGGCGCUUGGGGAGAGGCGAGGAAGCCGUGACAGGGACGGAUGCCACCACCGCCGCCGCUUCGACCCUCGUCGCCGUGUUGUGUGAGUCCAUUCGCGCCCAUCAUCACGCAGGGUCCCCGGCGCGCGGCUCCGGCCCGUCAUUCAACACUCUUGCAGGGCUGCUGCAUCCCUCCUCACCGCCGCUACUGCCUGUGGCUGCCGCCCCGCUGUUUAGCAUUCUUCAGCCAAGUGAUGGCGCGACGUGGCAGAAGGCGGUUGCGCUCGCACAGCGGUUUCAACCGCGCGGGGCCACGCGCAUGUAUCUUCCUGCCAUUGCGUGGGGUGAACUGCUACGGGCGAUGCAUCGCAUGGGGGCAUCGCUGGCGGAGGUGCAGGGGGUUGUUGACAUCAUCACCGAUCCGAGUCGCACCAAGAACGCCGAUAAACACAUGCGGGACACUCAUAUCUGGAACGCGUACAUUUCCGUCAGUGACUGGCGGCAUGCGCUUGAGGUGUAUUCCAGCAACUUGCCCUACUACGGCGUGAAGGAGACGGCUGCAACAAGCGCCGCACUGAUGGAGUCGCUUCUGCGUGACAAACAGUGGGAACAGGCGUUGGAUGUCUUCCGCCGGUUGCAACGGAAGGAGGGGCAACUCAUCAUCGGUACUUCCGGCGUCUUUACGGCCGUCUUUCGGGCUCUUGAACAGCAGGGCGACUGGCAGGCUGUGGCUGCGCUUUUAAUGGACUUUGAUCACUUCCUCGCGCACUUUGGGGUUCCACAUGACUUUUGGCUCGCCUCACCGCUGCGGGAGGCGUUAAUGAGCCCGCAGCAGAUUAGCGAGGGCCAGCUGGUGGCACGGGUGCGGGAGUUGCCAGGGUGCAGUUAUGUCUCCAGCGAGCUUGCACUUGCAGUGGAGUCUGCCCUUGUCGCGUGUAACCGGCGAAAGCCGCAGCAGCAGCAGCAGCGGCGGCGGCGCAAGCAACACUCACGGCACCCCGAGCCCGAGGCGCCUGCGGGGGCGGAGGACGUCUGUGACGAUGCCAUUACCGCUGAGCGGCUCCACGACCUCAUGUGA